AUGGCUUCACUUAAUUCAUAUCAUUACUACACAACCACCUCCUUGCUUGUCAUACUUCUGCUCCACAAUUUGCUCUCUCUAGUUUCUCCCUCCAAUCACCCUCACCCUGCAAUUUCUCCAAGGGAACUUUUAUUUGAGGAGAAAAACAGGCUGGGUUCUAUUCCUCCUAGCUGUCACAACAAGUGCAAUGAUUGUCAUCCAUGCAUGGCAGUUCAAGUGCCAACUUUGCCUAGCCAUGACUCUAACCCUCCAGAUCUUACCAAAACUUCUGCUAUGGCAAGUUUUCUUAACCCUUCUUCUCCCCAAGGUAACAGGUACUCCAACUACAAGCCAUUGGGGUGGAAAUGCCAUUGUGGUGACCACUUCUUCAACCCUUAG